AGAUGUUUUUCUAGACGAAGGAGUUUGUAGAAGAAAGCUUUGAGGUCAACGAAUAAUAGAAAGAUUUAAUCGAGAGGGUAUUCCACCAUUGCAACUAUGCCCCAUAACAAACCACUCGCGAACUAGUUGAAAGAGAUUGCAAUUUCCGACAGGGUAUUUGACACUUUAGCCUAGUGUAUGAAACUUACGAUAAUUUGUAAGCAAUUUCACGCCUGGAUGCUAACAAUAGACUCUACUAUUUGUACUAAUUACUCUGUUAUAUAUAUUUACAUAAUUCUCGCUUAGCAAUUAUUGCCUCAAUCACCUAUUUUAUAUGCAAUGUAGUUAAAGUUACAUUUAUUGGCUAUAUUUGUUAUUUACAUUAAUUAAAUUUAAUUUAUUGCGGCCCACUUUUUUAUAAAAAAAUUAUUUUCAUUCACACUUUCUACUUUCUGUUGAAGAAUAUAAUGUUUCGUUUAGUAUUUUUCAUUUGUUUUCAUUGACAUUUUUAAUUUAUUACACUAAAUCACUUUAUUCUUUUUUUUAUACUGAAAAACCAUCGACAAUUCCAUCAGCAAACAAAGUCCAAAGCUACAAGACCACACUCGAUGAAGCCUACCAAAUGGCGCAAAAGACGAAAAGACAUUAAGUAAAGACAAAAUAGCAAUACACUGCAGGAAGGCCAAAGCAAAUGAAUAUAAAGAGUGUGAGCGCCAAUGAGACAGAUGGUGUGAGAGAGAGAAGUGCUGAAGGUGAAAAGGGAAGAGCUAAGGGUGGGAAGUUGUUGUGAUAGCCUACUUUUUGGCGCUUUACGAGAAAUUUUGGCGGCUGUUUUGCAGGGGUUUCAGCCUUGGCCACCAUAACCAUUUAUGUAGCAAGCUGGAAGCUGUUUUUGUUUACGCCAAGAGUUGUCAAAGCAAAUGCCAAUAGUGAGAGUCUUUUUUGUGUGCUUUGGCAACAUUUUCAGGCGCAUGACAAGUGUUUUUGGUGUGUGCGCUAGCUAGAGUUUGUGCUAAUAAGCGGUAGAUGGCGGCGCUGAAGGUGUGGUGAAUUUCAUAUAUAAAUAGCGAAAAAGGUGGAAAGGAAGGAAAGGAGAUGAAACUUGGUUUCUUUAAUUAAUGAGAUGUAAAAGUGUUUCUUCAAAAAUUAGUAUGCUCUUUCUGUCAUAAUAAAUCAAAUAUUCUUCAACACACACUCCGCGCAACAGCUGUUUGAAAUUCACCACAGCGCACAAUGGCUGUCUCGCUUACACCACCGCAACUCCACUUGAGCGCACUCUCCCCCGUCCAUAUAAGCCGUGCACAGACUCCUCUCUGCGCUUAUGGCACUCACAACGCGCCUGACCGGUGUGCCGAAUUCCACCACUCGCUAACGGUUCGUCGCCAAUGAAAUUCGUGCCACUUUCGUAGUCAACUUUUAGGUGCGUAACCAAGUGCAACGUUGUGUCGCUACAACGGCGCGGACAAUGUGUGUGCGUGUGUGUGGGGAUAAACGUUUUUGAAAAGUUACCAACAACAGCAACAACAAAAAAUAUACCGUUUAUGUCCAAAGCGUUUAGUAUUGGAAAAUCGUGAAAAAAAUAAAUAUUUGAAUUUCGGUCGGACUUUGUGCAAAAGAGAAUAUGAAAAUGUGAAUUUAUUACGCGUUGUCUGCGCUAAAACGCCUAAAAGUAGACCAGCUCUAGCACUAGUGGAAAGAAUAUAAAUAAUAAUUGUCGGAAUUGAAAACGUGCAGUCAACGAAAGGGAGGAAAAUCUGCGAAAAUCGCAACGGUAAAGGUACGCAAAUAACGCAAGCAAAAUGCCAGGCGGACGUCGAGGACUUGUUGCGCCGCAGAACACAUUCCUGGAGAACAUCAUACGGCGCUCGAACUCACAACCGGACAGUUCGUUUCUAUUGGCCAACGCACAGAUUGUGGAUUUUCCGAUUGUUUAUUGCAAUGAGUCCUUUUGCAAGAUUAGCGGCUAUAAUCGUGCUGAAGUCAUGCAGAAGUCGUGCAGAUGCGGCUUCAUGUAUGGCGAGCUGACAGACAAGGAGACGGUGGCGAGGCUGGAGUUCACAUUGGAGAAUCAGCAGCAAGAUCAAUUCGAAAUUUUACUCUACAAAAAGAACAAAACUCCGCUAUGGCUGCUGUUGCAAGUCGCUCCAAUACGCAACGAAAGGGAUUUGGUUGUGUUAUUUCUGCUAACAUUUCGGGAUAUCACGGCACUCAAGCAGCCGAUCGACAGCGAAGACACAAAGGGUGUUUUAGGUUUAUCGAAAUUCGCCAAACUGGCGCGUUCGGUGACACGAAGUCGUCAAUUCAGCGCACAUCUGCCAACACUAAAGGAUCCAACGAAACAAUCCAAUUUGGCGCAUAUGAUGUCACUCAGCGCCGAUAUUAUGCCACAAUACAGACAAGAAGCGCCAAAGACGCCGCCACACAUUCUUCUGCAUUAUUGUGCAUUCAAAGCGAUUUGGGAUUGGGUGAUAUUGUGUUUAACAUUUUAUACAGCCAUUAUGGUGCCAUACAAUGUAGCUUUUAAAAACAAAACUUCAGAAGACGUCUCACUGCUCGUCGUCGAUUCCAUAGUAGAUGUUAUAUUCUUUAUAGAUAUCGUUUUAAAUUUCCACACAACGUUCGUGGGCCCUGGCGGCGAGGUCGUCAGCGACCCCAAAGUGAUACGCAUGAACUACCUAAAGUCAUGGUUCAUCAUCGAUCUGCUCAGCUGCCUGCCGUACGACGUCUUCAACGCUUUUGACCGCGACGAGGACGGCAUAGGCUCGCUCUUCAGCGCGCUGAAAGUGGUGCGUCUCCUGCGACUGGGGCGCGUCGUGCGCAAGUUGGAUCGCUAUCUUGAAUAUGGCGCAGCGAUGCUUAUACUGCUGCUCUGCUUCUACAUGCUGGUGGCGCAUUGGCUGGCCUGCAUCUGGUACUCGAUCGGCCGCAGCGAUGCCGACAAUGGAAUACAGUACAGUUGGCUGUGGAAGCUGGCAAAUGUGACGCAAUCGCCAUACUCGUACAUCUGGAGCAACGACACCGGACCGGAACUGAUAAAUGGUCCGUCGCGCAAGAGUAUGUAUGUGACGGCGCUCUACUUCACCAUGACGUGCAUGACAUCGGUGGGCUUCGGCAAUGUGGCCGCCGAGACGGACAACGAGAAGGUGUUCACCAUCUGCAUGAUGAUUAUUGCAGCGCUGCUGUACGCGACGAUAUUCGGUCACGUGACGACCAUCAUCCAGCAGAUGACCUCAGCGACGGCGAAGUACCACGACAUGCUGAACAAUGUGCGCGAAUUCAUGAAGUUGCACGAGGUGCCGAAGGCGCUCAGCGAACGCGUCAUGGACUAUGUGGUUUCCACGUGGGCCAUGACCAAAGGCCUGGACACCGAAAAGGUACUAAACUAUUGUCCGAAAGAUAUGAAGGCUGACAUUUGUGUUCAUCUAAAUCGCAAAGUAUUUAACGAGCAUCCAGCAUUUCGUCUUGCCUCGGAUGGUUGUCUGCGCGCGCUAGCCAUGCACUUCAUGAUGUCGCACUCGGCGCCCGGCGAUCUGCUCUAUCACACCGGCGAGAGCAUCGACAGUUUGUGUUUCAUUGUGACCGGCAGCCUGGAGGUGAUACAGGACGAUGAGGUUGUGGCAAUAUUGGGUAAGGGCGACGUCUUCGGCGAUCAAUUCUGGAAGGAUUCGGCCGUUGGCCAGAGCGCUGCCAAUGUGCGCGCCCUAACCUAUUGUGAUUUGCAUGCCAUCAAGCGUGAUAAAUUGCUCGAAGUCCUCGAUUUCUAUUCGGCAUUUGCGAAUAGUUUUGCACGCAAUCUGGUGCUCACCUACAAUUUAAGACAUCGACUGAUUUUUCGCAAGGUGGCCGAUGUGAAGCGCGAGAAAGAAUUGGCCGAACGGCGUAAAAACGAACCUCAAUUGCCUCAAAAUCAAGAUCAUCUGGUGCGUAAGAUAUUCUCGAAGUUCCGUCGUACGCCGCAGGUGCAGACCGGCUCCAAAGAGGUCGUCUCCGGCCAAAGCGAUGUGGAGAAGGGCGACGGUGAUGCGGAUCGCACCAAGAAGUUGCCCGCUAAAUUAACCCUCACCGAGGACUCACGCAUCCUAACAACAGCUGCCGCACCCUCUCCAACGCCAUCACCCUCGCCCUCAUCGGGUCCACCAUCUGCGCGUAGUACGCGUGCUAGUAAAUGGGGUCGCCUUCUGGGCAGUUCAAGUGUCGAUUCGGCUAGCGAUACGAGCGCCAAGGUAGCAGUCUCGAGAAGUUUGAGCGCCCGCGAAAGUCUGCGUGAGAGCACUGCCCAAGCCCGGCAGAGCAGUACUUCGAGUAGUAAUGGUGGACAAGGCAAUAAAGUUUUUCCUAAAGCUCCUAAACUACAGGCCAGUCAAGCGGCGCUUGCGCGCCAGGACACAAUCGACGAAGGCGGCGAGAUUGACGCCUCGCCCCCCAGUCGUGACACGCGGCUAGUUGGCGAAAGCGGCUCUGCAGCAGCAGUGGCGGCGGCUGCGUUAGCGGCUAAGGAGCGUAAUCUUGCCUUGGAGCGUGAAAGGCAGAUCGAAAUGGCUUCAUCGCGCGCCACCACAUCAGACACCUACGACACAGGUUUGCGCGAACAACCACCCACGAUGGCACAGCGCGACUUGAUCGCAACCAUGUUGGAUUUAAAGGUCGACGUACGUCUGGAAAUGCAACGCAUGCAGCAGCGCAUAGGACGCAUUGAGGACCUGUUAGGUGAGCUGAUGAAACGGUUGCCUGCACACGAAUCCUCGGGUCAAACAACGCCAGCUGAUGAACUUGGACCGGGUAGUGGUGGUGUUAACGCGCCUGUUGCGGGCGUUGGCAGCACAGUUCUCACCACGCGAAUUGGUGUGGUCGAUGGCGGCGGUGGCGGCACGCACUCGACCGCGGUUACGCCAGCUGCAGACACUGUGAUAACAAUUUCAACGGUGCCGCCCACGCCACCCAUCAGCACAAGCGCCGCCUCGGGUGUAGUGGUACAGAUCGGCGGUGUAGGUGGUGGCGGCGCAGGAGGCGUUGGUGUGCCUACAACUACGACGUCCGCAACUGUGGCGGUAGGCGCAGGCUCCACGCCCAUUCCACAGACACUCAGCCUGCUUAGCCCAGCACAGAUGGGGUUAGCGGCGACACAAGGCGGCAAUGGACUGGGACCGCUAAUGCUGAAGAAACGGCGUUCGAAGAGCAGGAAGGCACCAGCGCCUCCCAAGCAGCCAUCACAUGUGCAGAGUCCAGAACAGCAGCGUCUGCUGGAAGAGGAACCCAUUGUGGCGACCACGACUGUGGCGGUGGUGCCAAUGACGGCGCCCACGGUAACAACACCGACAACAGCAACGUCGAGCAGCGCAGCCACAUCGCCCACAACGGCCGGUCCGUCGUCGCUAGGCGGUGGUGGCAACACUAGCGGCACAUCCAGCGGUAGCGGUAGUGGCGGCGGUGGACGCAACAAGCGUGAAUUUCUCUAGCCCAAAAUAUUGGUGCGCCAUCAAUCGGACACUGGCAGUAGCUUCGAGCAAUAAUACGGACAGUAAAGCGGACUGCGCAAGACGAUGGCGUACAGCUGAGGAGAGAUGCGGCGGAGUGCUUCAUCAUAAUUUUACGCUGCUGCGGCUUUUGCUGAACUCAUUUUUAGCAUAAGUUGUAUAAAGGCAUAUUUUCGAGUAAUUCAAUUUUCGGUCAACUAGAGCAUAGAAGCUUUCGAAAGCUUAAAAUUUAGAAAACCAAAUUGCGGACUGCGAUACGCAAAGCAUUUUGUGGCGUUGAGCAGAAAAAUAUUUGUGAUAACCAACCAGAUAUUAUGACUAUGAGAAAUUAUUUAAAAAGCUACCAAGCUGUAAGAAUUAAAUGUCAUCUAGUUAAAAGCAAAACUGAAAAACAAAAACCAAUUAUAAGCCGCUUAGAAAAUUUGUAAAUUUAUUUGUAAAUAUGUAUUACAAAGCGAGUCUAAGAUGCUCGCCUGUUGAAGCUGUGUAGAUAUAUAAUAUGCAUAAAUAGAUUAUACACGCCGGACAGAGGCAAGGGCCGAGGCCAAAACGUCUCGCAGUACAGACAUAAAUAACUAUAGAUUAAACAUAGAACCUUUACGAUGACAGCAGAAAUGCUUAGCUUGCUGAAGAUCCUUGCCUUUUUAAGGAAUUGAAUACCCACUAAUUUGCGAAAAACACACUUUGUCCUUAACAAAGCUCGAUGAUUUUAUUUUUCUACUGCUACUUGGCUGUGCAAUUUUUCUUAAACACACUUUUUAUACUUUCGUGGCACUUUUUGGUUUUUACGUAAAGCUCUUUAGGGAAUAUGGACAGUUUUUUUAAGCUUAAAGCUUCGUUAUAAAGCAACUGCAGAAAACAUUCAGAUUAAAGCUCUUAACAACAACCUAACUUUUCUGAAAAGCUAAUUAUAGUCAAAUUUUUUUUAGAAAAUGAAUAAAGCGUAUAGUAAAAGCUUAGCAAGCUAUAUGUUAUAAAAAAUUUCAAACAUCGAAAACAGUAUCUAAUUUAAAGCUUAUAAACUCAGCAGCUUUGAGAAACCCACAAUUGAUAAUAUUUUAAAUUCAAGAAACAGAAGACAGAAAAAAUUGCUUCAUAAUUUUAAACAACGCUGAAACAAAGUAACCUUUCCUCCAGAGCUUUCAAGCACAAGAUUUCGCUACAUAAAUCUUUGUGUAAAGCUUUCGCUUAUGAAAGCUCGGCAACUUUCGAAAAAAUAAUAUGUUAAUAUAAGACGAAAAGCUCCAUUAGGCUAUCUACAAAAGCUUUAAGAUUUCUUUCUCGCUAUUUCUUGCUUUCACUGAAUUCAGUUGUUUCUUUUUCAGCGAGAGUAGGCCACCUUCGUUAGUUUGAAUGAAGCUUUCACAGCGCUGCCAUAUGAUUUUUUUUGACAUUUCAAAAGAUGUUUAUUUAUUUCGUUCCUUCUUUCCAUCCGACUCUUUAAGAAUAAAGAAUAUUGCAUAAUUAACUGCCACACACAAAACAUAGCGAACAUUUUAAGAGAAUGCAAAAUUACAAGCUGAGAAAACUCAGUGCAUAUAAAUACAAAAAAAUAUGCAAACUUUGUACUACAGUUUUCAUUUAGAAACCCGUCCUUGAAAUGGAAAACACACAGAAUCAAACGAAGAACAAAUUUAUGCAAACAAAGAAAACAAAGCAAACGGUACUGAUUAUUAAGUAAAUAAAAUAUUAAAAUAUUAAUGUUGAAAGUUAUUUACAAACAAAGCAAAAAUAGGAAAAUAAUAUAAACAAAAACAAACUACAAAAAAAUUAAGCAAUAAAUGCAAAAACAAUGCUCCAUUCAAAUAACUUAAGAUUAAAUUAUAGUAAUAACAACAAUAAAAAAUAAAAUAAAAACAAAAAAAUAGUAAAUUUAGCCUAAAUUAAGUGACUUACAAAUUUAAGUUCUACACAAGAAGAACAAGAAGAACAGAGAAGCAGCAAAAGAAGUACAGCAAAUACAAUUAAACUAUAUAAACCGUUAACCAAAAUGAACAACAACCAAACGACAAUCGAAUUACAAAAGCAAAAUAAUAAAUAAUUUUUUUCUCAAUCUCACUGUAAAUAUUUAGAGGUGGCAACACGCCAGCUGAGUUUGCGCGCAUUUUUUGUAUAUAAACACACAUCUAGACGAUAUUGGUUCAAAGUAAGGUGUCUACAAGCUUUUGCCUUUGACUUGCGAUCUUAUGAUUGUUCUUCAUUCAGGCAUUUUGUAUUUUCAGUUGGUUUUUCAUAAAAAUUAAGAUCGGAGCUUUUUGUGCUUCGGAAGUUUAUAAUGAUCCUAAGCUACAUUAUUUGAGAAUCGCUUAAAAGCUCCCAAAUAUGAUCACCUACUCAAAAUUGUUCAGGGGAGUACGCCAUUGAGCCAAUAAUAAUAUCCUUAUUCGAAUACGAAUGGUCAGUAGAUACGCUUGAAAAAAAGCUCAAUGUUAGUGUCAUCCUUUGAGCUAGGAUAAUAAUCGAGAAAGUGGAAAGAAGAUAUAAAUAAUAAAUCAAGCACAAACUUUCUAACGGAAGCAAGAUGGUAGCAGACGAAUCACCAUGCAGUUUAACUUUAAUUCUGAACAAGUGGAACACCAAGCUUUCCAAUAUGAAGAGGACGUUUUUAGGUCUGUAAAAGCUUCAGAGUAGAUGUAGAACUCUUCAUUUAUGUUUCCUCUAGUAAUUAUAGUCACCUCACUUUAACCGAUCUGCAAGAAAUUGUCCAGAACAAAAAAAGAAUUCCACAAAAAACACUCGCUUGCGUUGAAAAUGCAACCAACACCCUGUAUAUAUAGAAAAGUUACGUUUUGAAAUUAGUACUUGGUGCUUCGCAUAGCAUAACAACUACUAACUACUUACAUUACCAUGCGUAAAUGUGAUAUUGAUUGAUUGCGAUGAAAAUUGUAGGCGUUUGAGGUUAUAGAACUGUUUGUUUCACUUGCAAUAAACUUCUAGCGGAAUUCGUGCACUUCUUCACAUAGGCAUAUAGAGAAUUAACAGAUUUUGUUUUAGCAAAUCACACAGCUUAGCAAAAUAUAGAUAUAUGGCAUGCAAGCCAGCGCUUUAGAUUGUGCUGCACUUGUUUAGAUUGCCUGAAGCGGUUUCAAAGUAGAAAUACAACACUGAGUUCGAAUAUCUCAAAGUGCUCAUAUUUUAACUACAUAUAUUUCUUAGGACAACAUGACGCAUAGUUCUCCUAGGUCUAAUAGAGCAAUAAGUGAACAAAGUUAGGUAAAUUAUAGAGAAAAUGUUAUUCGAUGGUUGUUUUAUAUAAAUUAAUUAGAAGACACUUGGUAAGGUAAGAGUUAAGACGGCGCGGCAUAUUUCUUUGAGUACCUUUAAUAAUAAUUAAUUAAUUAUAAGAUGUUGAACGAAUUCACGUUUAGAUAAUAUAGGCAAAAUUUUGUUAAAAUUACUUGUUUCAUGUAAACAAACUUGUAUAGAUUCAAGAAAAAAUUGUAAAAAUCUUGACAUGAAAGCUUGACUUGAUUUGACUAUGCUUUGACUUUUUAAGAAUAGAUGUUCAGCAUGUCUCGAUCAGUUAACUUCCUGAAGAUGAGUCUUCGCUUCUCAGAUUCGCGCGACGUUUAGUGAAGACCAAGACAAGCUCUCGAGGACAGACGUCAAAGGUGGCUUAUUGGUACCCAAGUAAAAUUCUAAAAUUUAGCGAUUCGAACAAGCAAAUACCAUAUAUCUAAGGGACUAGAAUAAUAGAUUCGAGAUAACAAAAGCACGUGGAUAAAAACUGUUAAAAAGGUACACAAAUACUCUCUUUGUUUCUACUUUCGAAAGAACUGUUAUAAGAGAGCAGAGCACUAGUGAGGAGGCGAAUCGAACACGUUCAAAGUAUUACCAAUUUUUAAUGAGGUAUAUAGGCACUAUCUAUCUAUUCUGCUUUCGCAUGAACUAUUUUUAUAAGACGGUAAGAGACCUGAGCUCUAGAGAGCAGAGUGGUGACGUUUCAAGUAUGUUUGACAUUUCUCAUCUGUCUAACGUCUAUUAACUAAUAUAAAAAUCUUACGACACCUAUUUCUAUUGUUUCAGAGUCAAGUUAAGUCAAGUUCUUUCUGAAUAAUUUAUAUUUUGAGCAGCUAUUUUCAGUUGAGUAUUACAAAUUCAUACAUAUAGUGCAAUAACUGUACCAAAAUAUAAUACAAAGUGACAUACCAACUUACCUUCCUAAACUUCGAGAAUUUCGUUACCUGAGUGUGAUUUAACACUGUGCUUAUUUGUUAUUAAUUUUUUAAUGAAAGUAUAUAUUAAUCUACGAAUUAAUUGUUACAGUUGCGUUUAAGACAUAACCACAACCUGUUAGAUACUUGACAAAUGUAUAUUUACACACACUAACAUACAUAUAUUUGUACAAACGACAAGCAAUUUAAAUAUGGUAUUAAAUACACACACACAUCUAAUUUAAAAUAUUUACCCUAAAUCAUUUGUAGUUGUAAAGGAAAUGAGAAGCAUAUUUAGAAAAUAGCAAAAACAUGCAAAAUUGAGUUAAGUACUUAUUAAAGAUAACACAAACUUUUUCAAUUUAAUUUCAUUAAAUACAAAUUUGUAAAUAAAACUGCUGUAAAUAACUGUAAAAUACAGAGGAGGAAGCCCGGAAGUAAGCGCGACGCAUGCAAGCACCGUUAGACGCUUAAGAUAUUGUAAAAAAAAAAAACAAAUUUAAAUAGUUCAUAGUAUAUAUAAUGUAAUUAAGUGAGAAUAUUUAUAAAUAAUAAUAAAAACGCUUAACAAAUUCGUCAACUACGCGCGCAUACGAAAUUAGACAAAUGCUAGCAGUUAGAACAAGUGUAAAAAGACAACAAAAAAAAAAAUUAAAUUAAAUUAGCAACACGUGCAGACUAAGUGAAGCUUAUAGCAGCAACUAGCAAAUGAAAUAUUCGAAUAUAGUAUUUACC